UCAUGUUAUUUAAUUUAUAUACGAUAGAAAUAGUAUUUCUAUUAUUUACUUGAAGUCGUAAUUAAUUUUCGACUUAUAAAACGAGUUAUAAAAUAUGUAAUUUAUAGAGAGUUAUAACGAAGCUUCGUUAUAUGAGAACCCGAAAUUAGUAUUACAAAUACAGAAUAAGGAUUUUAUUCAUCACAUUCAUCUAGCACCUACACAUUUCCACAUCCAUCUUACUCUUAAAUAAAUUGAUGGUGUUGGAAACACUCAUCAUAUGCCAACCAUCCCACUAAACACUCAUCAUAUGCCAACCAUCCCACUAAACACUCAUCAUUCCACUAAACACUCAUUAUUCCACACACUCAUCAUUCCACUAAACACUCUUUACACCUUCUUUUGCCAGCCAUCUUCUACACCUUUAACAUCUCAACAUGCAAUUAGCUUUUAUUUAAUCAAAAUCAGCAGCCAACAUUCCUCCCAUUCCUCCUAACAUUCUGAUCCAAGCUAUACGUUCUUAUGCUUGAAUUAUAAUUCACUGAUUCCAGCUUUCCAAAUCAGUUUCCAAGAUUUCCCAAAACAAGAAAGAGAUCCAAUUUUGGUGAAUUCAGAAAGAAGAUUUUCCUCAUUUCCUACUCAUAUCAAGGUCCGGGCGACAGAAAGUGAAGCAGAAGAAGAAACGAUUCCACGCCAGCUUUAAGAACAAUUGAGAAUGCCUCCCAGAAGAGCCCCAAGAAACAAUGUGGGAACCGCAAACGAACCCCCACGAAGGGUUGAGGAACUUUUUCUUAAACAGAGCCCGCCAACAUUCAACGGGACCGGCAACCCGACUGAUGCCGAAAUCUGGAUUAGAGCAAUGGAAAGGAUUUUCGACUUUCUUUACUGUUCUGACCAAGAGAGACUCUCUUGUGUUGCAUUCCAACUAACUGGGUCGGCAGAUUUUUGGUGGGAAACCAAGAAGAGGGCAAUGACCCUCGAACAAUUGGAAAACCUGACUUGGGAAGACUUCAAGACGGAGAUCUACGAUAAAUACAUUCCCAAGAGCUACAGAAAGAAGAAAGAGACGGAGUUUUUCAAUCUGAAACAAAACAAGAUGUCCGUGACGGAAUACGAUCGCGCUUUCUGCGACAUGUCUCGCUAUGCCCCUCAUCUGAUCGACACUGAUGAAAAGAUGGCCGAGAAGUUUCGUUCAGGCCUUAGGCAUGAGAUCAAGAUGGCGCUUGCUGGUCAUGGUAAUCUCACCCACUCUGAGGCACUUAGCAGAGCCCUGGAUGUUGAAGCAGCCAUGCCUGAAGACCGCCCAACCCAGACUCAAGCUUCGGGAAACAACGAUCGUGGGAAGAGAAAAUGGGAUGGCAACAACAACAAUAAUAGGGGUUACUACAACAACCAAGAUAACAAGAGGCCAUGGCAAGGAAACAUGAUGCCACAAGGGCAAUGGCAAGGACGACCAGUCAAUCCAGGAUCAGCUGGAAACAAUCAGGGCCAGCUCAGGGCACCUUUGUGUCCCAAAUGCUCCAAGUCACAUCACGGCAUAUGCUUGGCUGGCAGCAAUACCUGCUUUAAGUGUGGCCAGAAGGGCCAUUUUGCCAGAGACUGUCAAGGAAAACCACAAGGAGGAAUGAGAUGGCCGAAUCAGCCGGGCCAAGUACAACCACUCAGGGCUAUCCAAGGCCAACAGUUACUCUACCCACCACCACAGCAGCAGUAUCGACCUGCGGCACGUCCACCGCAAAUUCCACAGGCAAGAGCCUAUGCCUUGCACAAGAAUAAACAAGGAAACAACCAAGGGAAUUUGGUAGGUAUGGGCACAUUACUUGACACACCUGUUAUACUUCUGUUCGACACGGGUGCCUCGCAUUCUCUUAUUGCAAGUGUAUGUGUAAAAACUUUAAAGCUCCAACCUGAAAAGACUAAUCAGGACUUGAGAAUUUCUUCACCAAUAGGAGGAAUAGCAGUAGUAACACAUGCUUGCUCGAACCUAGAACUGACCAUAGGAUCGUUUAAGCGGAGAACUAUGCCACGAUAUUGUGCCAAGAGCGGAAAAUCGGUUUCAACUUUCCAGGAAGGGACGCUUUGA